CGCUGAUUGGCUGGGAGGAGGAGGGCCGGCUGAUACAUUGUAACACUGUCCGCGUUCUGAGCGGCGGGUGUGUGGCCCCCAGCGGAGAGGAGCGGCUCCCGGGGUCCCCUCACUGGCAUCGGGACGACGGGCGGCAGAGUGAGCGGGGCCCUCUCUGAAGUGAAACAUGGAGAUGUGUGAAGACAUGGUCAUUGAUCUCAACAUGGUGAACAUGAGGAAGCGGCAAUGUAUGGACGCUGUUCUGGACCAUCCGCUCAAUAAGCGUACAUGCCAAGGGUUGGAAGGUUUUUCAAAUGCAAAUGGAGUUUUGCUGAGUGACUAUGACAUGGUGUACUGGCAGGCGGAGGUCAAAGAACCUGCAAAUGGGUUUGUGCCUAAGGAUGGAGUACAGCAGAGCUGUAUGCCCCCACAAAAUCCUCAAAAUGUAAGCCCCCAAAUUUGCCCAAGAUGUAUUGCUGGAGAAUCGGGCCACAUCAACCACAUAUUGGGACUCUAGAGCUUCAGGGGAACGGAGGACUCCAUAUGCUAUAUUUUAUAAUCCUGCUUGCCACCGAACACUCCACUCUAAAAUGAUGUCCAUAGAGGAGGAUCUUCAUUUUUACAAGACCCGCUGUGAUUAAUCGUACAGUACCUGAACUGUAGAAACUCCCACCGACUCGCCUGCCGCAACUUCCGCUGCAUCGUCUCCAUCCAAGUUGUCCUGUUUAUUCCAUGUGAAUUAUGGAGACCUCUAUCUUCUGGCAGCUAGGAUGGUAGUACAUGUCCUUGCCUGACAUUUGAGGAGAAAUUCCCAGAGUCUAGACUGAAGUAACCCUUCUAAUGCCGGAACAUAAUUAGUCCAUUUAAUGUUUCAUGAUAGCUUCUGUCCAGUCACGGAAUAUGCUCAUUUUUUUUUUUUUUACCCUUUUGAGUGCUGCUAACCCGUAUUAGUGGGGGGGUUUUCGUUCAAAGUUUAC